CCGCUCGCUCCUUUCCUCUUCACUUUGCGCAAUGUCAGGCAAUGUCGACGCCACGUCGUCGGCACGCCCAUCGCGACUGGCUCCAGCCCCCACCCUCGCGGCGCUCCAGCAACGUCAACAGCAGGCAUCCCUGCCUGGGGACCCUCAGCCACGCCCCCGCUCUUCCUCCCACUCUUCGCACUCCUCUCACUCCUCACACUCCUCGCACUCCUCGCACUCCUCUGUACAAGCGCGCAAGAGGGCAGAAGCAUUCGGUAGCUCGGAUCUGCCGUCGGUCUCGAAGCAAGCAUGGCACCUCUUGGCCCUCGUAAUCGUAGCACUCGCUGCAUUCCAUGUCGCAGGGCUCUACUUGUUUACGCGCGGCUUCCUCCUCACAAGGCGGGAGGUGACUGGGGUGACGAGAUGUGAUGUGGCGCCAUCCCAUCGGAUGACUGGUCCAGCCCCUCCCAAGCGGGACGAAGAGGCUGAUCUGUGGUCGUGGGACUCGCAGUGGGAGCGAGAAGGGGAGUGCGCGCUUCCUGCCGCGCAUGAACGCGCAGUAUUCCUCAUCAUCGAUGCACUGCGAUACGAUUUCGUGGCGGCGGUGGACAACGCAAGUGUGGCUCAGCCCUUCUAUCAAGGCCAUUUCACCCUGCCCUCCUCGCUGCGGGACAGCUCCUUCCUCGCCCACUUCCUCAGCGACGCCCCCACUACUACGCUGCAACGGCUCAAGGGCCUCACGACGGGCUCGCUCCCCACAUUCAUCGACGCCGGCUCCAACUUUGGCGCCGAGGCGAUUGGGGAGGACAAUUGGCUUGCACAGUAUCAGCACGCGGUGCAGAGAAGAAGCGGGGGCAGGAACGCCACGUUCGCCUUUAUGGGUGACGAGACGUGGCUCAAGGUCUAUCCGGGCGCUUUCGACGCGGGGAUGACGUGGGGGAUGGAUUCGUUCAACGUGGAGGAUCUUCACAGCGUGGACACGGGAGUGAAGGAGAAACUGCUGCCGCUGCUCGACGAUAAGAGCGCAGAUUGGAACCUCGUCGUCGCCCACACGCUCGGGCUCGAUCAUGUGGGACACCGCCAUACCCCCUCGCACAGCGCGAUGACGGCCAAGCUGCAGGAGAUGAAUGCGCUGCUGAGAGACGUGGUGGAGCGUCUGCCCGAGGAUGCCUUGCUGAUCCUGGCGGGUGAUCAUGGCAUGGAUGCGACGGGAGAUCACGGUGGGGAGGGGGAGCUCGAAGUGGGCGCUGCGUUGUGGGUGUACUCGCCGCGAGAGAGCAAGAAGUCGGGAGAGUUUGAGGGCGACAUCGCGGCAUUGCACGCGGCCGCAGAGCACGAGGAGAGGUACGGACCGCCAAGUCACACGCCUUUCAGCCCACUCGAAGGAUCGCAUCGCUCCGUCCCACAAACGGACCUGGUGCCCUCUCUCGCGCUGCUACUCGGAGCGAGUCCGCCGUACGGCAAUCUAGGCAGCGUGAUCCCGGAGCUCUUUGCGCAGCAGGGGGGUGAAGGCCUGCUGCGUGCGCUACGUAUCAAUGCGCGGCAAGUCAGGCGGUAUCUCCGCGAUGAGAGCGCCGGUCGAGAACUGCGCGCUUUCGACGCCGAGCUGGACGAGCAUUGGCUGCAGGCACUCAAGGCGGAUGCGGCGUAUCAACGUCAGCCGGGCGCGCAGACUCGCCGCUCUGCCCUCGUUGCGUAUCAGCGUUUCACUCGCCUGGCGAUGCAUCGUGCGCGUGGGGUGUGGGCGCAGUUCAAUGCCGCGAAGAUGGGCGCAGGUGCGGCGUCCCUGCUGCUGAGCAUGGGCGUGCUGCUCAAGUUGAUUGGUCUGACGAGCGGGGGAGGAAGGACAGACGAGAAGAGAAUGACUACCGUGAGGCUGGCGAGAGAAACGCUCAAAGCGGCAGCUGUCGGGGCUAUGGCUGGCGUGGUGGUGGCGGGCGUUGCGUCCGUGGGACUGGCGAAAAUGGCUGAAGGGCUCGCGUGGAGCGACGUAGCGCUGGCUGGCGCCACAAUCGGAGGUCAGGUAGGCGCCCUCACUGCGCGUAUUGGGGACGAGGGGAGUGAGGCGCGGGAGGUUCAGGCGCGUACGACGGGCGCAACAGCGCGAUCACCAAGUCGCUGGGCUGCGCUUCUGCGCCACGAAGCCCCGCUUCUGGCUCCGGUGCUCAUUCACGCAAGUCUCUUUGCGUCCAACAGCCUCACCGUGUGGGAGGACACUGUGGUGCAUUCCCUCCUCACUGCCAUACUGCUGUACCGAGCUUGGAACGGGUGGGCAGCAGCUUCGCGCCUCGCCGCGUCGCAAGAAGCAGGUGUCCAGGCAGUGGGCGCACGCGGGGCUGUGCGAAUCCCUAUCCUCCUCAUCCUGGCAGCCCUCGCUGUCCGCGCCUCACAUUCGCUCGGCGUGUGCCGCGAAGAGCAAGCGCCGACGUGCUCGAGCGAGCGGGGCCCGUUCUUCCAUCUCAUCCCUCUCUCGACGCUGCUUGCCUCGGACUCUACUCGCGCCUGGGUCGGACCAAUCGCCACGCUCGCGGGCAGCUACCUCCUGGCGACGGCUCUAUUGCCCCGCCUCCUCAUCCGCAGCCUCGCUCAAUCACGCAGCGACACGGGCCUUGCGCGCUUCUGGACCGACUGGAUCCUUCGACCUUCCCUGAUGCUUGGGACGGGAUGGUGGGCGGUGGACUGGGUAGGGGAGGGGCUGGACGCGCAAAGUGCCGUGCAGUGGGGCAAGAAUCUAGUUGCGCGAGCAGACUACGCGCUGCUGAUCGUGGUGGGCACGGCGGUUUGGCUGUUUGCGCCACUCUGUCUCGAGGUCAAGGACGUUGGCAACGCGCGUGCAGAGGGUGCGACCGAACCUCGCCGCCUGCAAGUCCUCGGUUUCAGCAACGUCUUUGGCUCUUCGUACCUGCUCCUGGUCUCGCUCGUGUUCUCACUGCUCUGGCUCCUCACGCCGCCGGCCGGCCAGCUAGCCCUUGCUGCGAGCUUCUUUGCCGUGCUGGCCCUCGCCGAGGCGGGCGAUGCGGAGCGGGAUGUCGCUGCCGCCACACGAGGGCAAGACGUGCAAGCUCCGGCUCCACUGGAGGCGGCCACCAUUCAUCUCCUCGGUCACACCCUCUUCUUUAGCACAGGACACCAGGCGACGUUCCUCUCGAUUCAGUGGCGGACCGCGUUUGUGGGGGCGUCGACGGUCGUCUAUCCAUGGGCGCCUAUUCUUGUCGGCCUCAACUCGUUUGGCUCAACGGCAAUCUGGCCCGCCCUGGCCGCUUCGCUCCUUAUUGCUUGGAACCUCGCGCCGAAACCGCGACGCACACCCGGUGGAGAAGGGGGCGGCGCGAUGUCCACGUUGCGCACCUCGCUGCUUGCAACGCUCGUGAGGCUGAGCCUGGCCUCGCUCAUUGUCGCGACGAGCUCGGCGCUGUUUGCCGCUCAUUUCCGCCGACACCUGAUGCUGUUCAAGGUCUGGGCGCCUCGCUACAUGCUUGCUGCCUGCUCGCUAGCUCUGCUGGACAUCGUUGGGGUGGCGCUGCUCGGCGUGGCGGGGUGGGCAACCGUUGCGGGAAAGGUGGCCGCUGCGGUGGGGAGUGAGUUUGAGUAGAGCGCGGCGCGCGCGCGACUGAAUGAAAACUGCAUUAGUAGAGUCUAGAGUUACUUGUGCGAGUGCCGCGCUGGCUUUCAUUCAUCGCUGUCUUGGCGGCUACCUCGCCUUUCUAUCCUCGCUGCGCUCGCCGCCGCGUUGGCCACGCAGGCUGACCGGCGCGCCCACAAAGACGCCCACGAGUCCGACUGCACCCAGCACGAUCUGAUAGACGCCUGCCGCCCCCACGAUCGCCACGAACCAAGCCCACGGCGCAGAGAUGUGCGUGGGCGAGCAGAGGAGAGGAUUCGUCGAGUCCUUGGAGAUGGC